CGCCAACUAAACAUUACCUUGGCAAUUAAAUACUCGAGGUUUUAAAGCUUUGCAAAUCGUUUUGAACGAGUAACUGGUGUGAAAGUUGCCUUGAAAUUAAUUUUACGUUUGGUACUGUCUUACGUGCUCGCAUAAAUCGCGUGGAUGCGAGGAAACUUUGAGAUGAUAGCAAAAUUUAAAUGAAAGUGUUCAUUGAAGUACUGCACGCAGUUCCAAGAUGUCUUGGGAUAAAUUCUCGGUUCUUUACACUCAUCAGAAGACCAAAAAAGCUAAGACGUGGCAGGAUGGCUCUUUGAAGAUAAUAGGGACUAAGGCAAUACUUUAUGAUGAAGAGUCAAAAACUCUGGACUCUCUCUUUGUACAAGGAGCACAGGUGACUCUUGGGGCAGAAUUAGAAAGCGACCGUUACCUGAUAACUAUAGAAGAAAAACUGCAGCAUUCAAUCUGCAGCAGCCAGGAAACUGCUAAAAAAUUGGAGGAAGAGCAGCAAGAGUCAAAGAGAGUUGUCUACCAACCGGCCAAGAGGAAAAGACAGAGUUUCCAGCCACCGUUUGGUAAUCAAACGAACCAAACCUGUUCCAGUGAGCCAGAUAUGAAAAAGCCAAGGGAGGAAAAUCCAGUCCUACGUCUGAAUAGGUUUGCCUUGGGAAACAAACCUUCAGCUGAAACAGAAUUUUUCAACAUGUACCGUUCUAAUUCAAACAAACGAGAACAAUAUCUUCAAGCCAUCCAAAGAGAAGAGUGUCAGCAUGGGAUGCGAACAGUUCUGCGGGCUUCAAACGAAGAACACAGUGCUUCCAUGAGGAAAAAAGAACAGCACGAUCAAAGAGUCCCUACAAAUGUAGCAUCUCAAAAACAAACUACAGGAAAAGAGAAUCUUGCUGUCUUUAUAGGAACCUCGAGUGAUAAUCUCAUGUUACAAACUCAAAAUGAAUGCGUUCGUGACAGCAAACGAAAUGCUUCCCAGAUUCUCGCCCUCUUUUCAUCCUGUAAGGAUAUCCACUCACCAAAAAUGAUGUUCCAUACAGAAACCGCACAGAUGAAUGUGGUAAAUAUUGAGUCGGGCAAUUCACUAAGCAAGCGGAGGGAUGUUGCAGGUGAUACGUUACCAAAAAUGAGUGAUUUAGGAAACUAUUCCCACGCGAAAAGAAUUUCUCAUUUUUCAGAUGUACCACAAAAAAGGUUAGGUAAUGAUUCAUUCGAGGCAGAACUGGAAUGGAGUCAAGACUUAAGUGAUUUGUUAGAUUUGUCGCCGGAUUCUUUCGCAGCUUGUUCAGGUGAAAGGGAGGCAGAAGGUGCUAUCAGUGGUCUCUUUGAUUUUAAUGGAGGUGUUACAAGCGGCGAAGCUGGCUCACAAGAGUCUUUUCCAAGUAAACAACAUAGUAGUUUAAAAAGGGAAAUUGAAGUUUGGUCUGAGAAUGAUUCUGAGUCCAUCUCACCCGUUAUGAGCCUCCUCAAUGACGGAGAAAAAGAUGUCAUGGGAGAUGAAAAUUGCACUGCUUUUGGUUUGAAAGAAAGAAGAGCUGUGUAUUGUGACAUGUUAGGAGAGAGGCGUCAAGUCAGCUGGGAAAAUUUGCAGAGUCCUGAUAGAGCUACCGUGCGUAAUCCUUGUUCUGAUUUGCAUUCGUCCCAUUCUCCAACUCAUCACAAGUCUGGAGAUGGGGAGAUGGUUACUUCUGAAGGAAGAUCGGAUUUUCCUCUGGGCAUCCACCAAAGAAACAGUUGUUUAGAGGAGAAGUCUUCCUUGGAAAGUGGUUCGCACAAUUUAGGACUUGAGGUGAACUCAAAUGAAUUUUCCAACCAUCCUGGGUCUUUGUUUGCAUAUGGUGCUCUGCAGACUGAUCCAGAUGACAACUUCAAAAUGUCGUCCUUCUCAAACUUGCAAAAAAAGGAGAUAUUACACCAGGUGGAGCGAUGUCACCAUAUAUCCGAACAAAAGAGUGAAUGGGAUCGAGAGGCAAAUUUCCUAGAGAACUAUGAGGCAUCACCUGAAUUCUACCCAGCAGAAAUAACGAAAAUGAAUGAAUGGAGCAAGCGCUGUGGCCUCAUGCCAAGACAAAAACGUCCAUUAGUUACCAUGCCGCCUAGCAGUCACGAUCCGCCGCGAACGGCUUUUUCAAGAACGGAUGAGCCAAAUUUAACGGAACCCCUUGAAGUUUGUCGCCAAACGGCUAAACCAGGUGGUUUACGUGGGCGUGGACCACACCAGCGGGGAAGGGACCAACCUGAAGAUAUGAACGCAGAAAAUUUUACCGAAAAAAGACGAGAUACAACGCAUUCUGCAGUACUUGGUUCUUGUCGACGUAUAGGUUUAAGGAGGGUGGGGUCAGGAUCUUCUUUGUCGUCUCAGGCAAGAACACCACCAAGACAGACUAGGGAAGGAUUCAGACCUCCUACUUUACCAGUUUUUAUUGCUGACCGUUCAUCUGGAGAGUGCAACAUGGCCGGUGAAUUGUCUUUUCCGUCAGCGGAGCAUUGUAAUGGUAGUGUCACGCCAACUCGACAUGUAUCUGUCCCCGUGACAUUCGAUAAUAUCAUGCAGUAUCGGCAAGUCUUCAAAGCGGCUUUAAGAGAGCACCUGAACAUAGUUUUGUUUGAGCUCUCCCGAACUUACCACACCGCUCUUCAGAAGAUUGAUAUAUCAGGAUAUGACGCCAUCGAGCAAGGAAGUCGAGAAAACUCGGAUGGCCCCAGUUGUCCUCAUGGACAAGCACGUUUGAGAGCUGUAAAGAAAGAUGGUCCAAAUAAGGGGCGUCUAUUCUACACCUGCCCAGGAACAGGACAGGCGCAAUGCAAGUUUUUUAAGUGGGCCGACGAAUACCAAUCGAGCAAGCAAGCAUCAGAGGGGGCGUCUCGAAGGUCAUCAAAUAAGAUCACGCUGUCAUCUGCUGAGGGUUUGAUGUCUUUCUUCAGGAGCCAUAGUGUUUCAUUUUAUUGUGAGUGCCAUCUGAUAAGAAAACAGUCAGAUGCUGGAAAAGGAAGGUUUGGUGCAGCCAAAGCUAAGAAAUGGGGAAGGCAAAAAUGCGAUGAAGCCACUGCUGCGAAGAAAAAGCUCUAUCUGGAACUCUCUCGAAAAGAUCAUUCUUCUACUUAUGCGAAAGAUGACAUCUGGAUCAUUUCAAAGACUUUGUCCUUCAAUCCAGAUUCGACAUUUAUAGCAAGCAGUGUUUAUUAUGGACCAUCGUCCACCGGGGAGCUAGAAUUACUACCUAUCAGUGGAUAUUCUCCUUCAAACUGGCAAAGUGGAGAGACCGUUCAUGCCUUGAUGGCUUGUAAUGCCGGCACUGAACUGACUUGUAUCAGUAACAUUGAUGAACAUGUCAAGAUGCAGAGCAUGCCAGUGUUACCGUACCUUCUGCAAAGAUCACAGUCAGAACAACAAAACCUUCGGAGCACCUCAAGAGCCACUCAGUCUUUUGUUCCGCCAAUUCUGACAGGUUCCAGUGGUCGACUAAACCUUCCUCUUGAAGUAACGGAAAGCAUUGCUGAGGAAAUGAUAGUUAGCUUUAGCUUAAACAAGGAUCAGGCCGCUGCUCUGCUGUCCUGUGCACGUAUGUUCACCUCUGGAUCGGAAAGGUCUUCACCACCGGUCUGUUUGAUACACGGUGUUUUUGGAGCGGGCAAAAGUUUUCUGCUUGCAGUUGUGGUUCUCUAUCUGGUGGAAUUGUUCAAAGCCAACGAUUCUUUCAAUCAACAAAGUGGUAACGUGUCUUCAUGGAAGAUUUUGGUGUCCUCCACAACGAAUGUUGCAGUGGAUCGCAUUUUGUUAGGAUUACUUGACCUUGGCUUUGAAGAGUUUGUUCGUGUGGGAAGCAUUAGAAAGAUCGCUAAACCAGUGUUGCCUUACAGUGUGCAUAGCACAGGAGGUGACAGCCAAGAGUUGAAGGAACUACAAUCACUUCUGAAGACUGAACUUACCCCGUCAGAAAGAAUCCACGUGAGAAAAGGUAUUGAACAGCACAAGCUCGGAGAAAAUAAACGAAAAUUAUCUCAGGUCCCAGUGGUUGGAGUCACUUGCGCUGCCUGUGUGUUUCCUUGUUUAGACAAAUUAAACUUUCCGGUUUUGCUCCUUGACGAGUGCAGUCAGAUGACAGAGCCAGCAUCCCUUCUUCCCAUGGCUAGAUUUGAAUGCCAAAAGCUUGUUCUGGUGGGGGACCCAAAACAACUGAGUCCAACGAUUCAGGGCUCAGAGCCUGACCAUGAAAGUGGACUUGAACAAACUUUGUUUGAUCGACUGAUUAAGAUGGGUUAUGAGCCUACUCUGCUGAGAACACAGUACCGUUGUCAUCCUACGAUCAGUGCGAUAUCCAACACAUUGUUUUAUGGGAACAAGCUUCUCGACGGGGUAAUGGCUGAAGAUCGUUCCCCAAUAGUGGACAUUGUUCCAACUCUUUGCUUCUAUAACGUGGCAAGAGGGAAAGAGAAAUGUGGACGAGACGGAAGCUACUACAAUGACGAAGAGGCGAAAUUUGUUGUCUUUCUUAUUGAGUGCCUCCUGGAGUCUUGGGUAGAACCAGCUCAAAUAGGAGUAAUAACGUUGUACAAGUCCCAGCUGAACUCAAUAUCCAAUCAUUUGGCAGCUUCCAGGGCCACUUCUAACGCUGAACUCAAAUCUGUUCAGAUAUCAACAGUCGACGCAUUCCAGGGCGGUGAAAAGGACUUGAUCAUUUUGUCGUGCGUGCGCACAGAUCACAUUGGAUUCAUUGAUUGUGACAGACGUACCAAUGUUGCACUUACGAGAGCCAAGAGGCAUCUCCUUAUCGUUGGUAAUUUUAAGAUGCUGUCCUGUAACAACGUUUGGGGGAAAGUCAUAGAGCAUUGUCGUGGAUUUCCCGGCGGACUCUGUAAUUCACUAGAUUUCGUUGAGAAAUGGAAGAAAGAAUAUGCCAAUGAUACCAGCCAAGACCCCAGCCCAGCAGAGGUAACAAAGACCUCUGUCCAAAGCACUAAUGACAAGCAAUCCAGUCUUGAGGCGCUUCCUUCCAACUCUCAAAAUCCUAUCGAAUUGAGAGGAGAACCAGAUGGGAAAAUGGUUUGCUCUCCUGGUGAUAACACCAAUUCAGUCGAUAAAAUAACCUCUCCGCAAUCUCUAGAGACAUCCGAUGUCGUGGACAAUGAUAACGAUGAUGAACUUCCAACGUUUGACCUCUUCUCAUUAGGCAUUGAAACGGUGUAAUGGACACUAACUACGGCGAUUCAAGAGAUUAGGGUGACUCCAUACCGAGGAAAUGAAAUUAUGCUUGGUCAUUGCCGUAAGUUUUAAGGAAGCUCUAGGAAGGAUCGCAAGAACAUUAGACAUUGAGACAUAAGGCGAUGACACAGUUCAGUGUCACUUCUCUCGACGAUUCUAAGAAUUUAACACGGCUUAGACAGUUGUCGUCUAUAGCUAUUCUUGUGAGGGUUGAAACCCUUCAGUGCAUAAGUUAGUAUUUUCUUAACCGAUGUGUUACAUCCAAAGUUACAUUGUAUAUUAAUGCCUGACGUUUCUGAGGGUGAAUAAUUCGUGUACAGAUGCUUAAAAAAGAACAGACAUAUUCAAUAA